GCCGCAAUUUUGAAAUUGGCGCAAACAUAUUUUUAUUCUAGUUUGUGUUGCUCGUUUAUAUUUCAGGGAUACCAUAAUAUUCACGUUGCUGUGAUACAGGGCCUACCUUAUAACUGCGACACUCCGUUCAAAUGUACAGUUCAAACCUACGGUGUAAAAUUAUUAGAACUUAGCAUGAAGUUUCAAAAGGGAAUGUUAAUAUGGGCCGACCACCCUGAUGAAGUAUGGCAACCCGCAAGGGUGGUGGAAGUUUUACAAAACAAACAAAUUAAAGUUGAAUAUUUUUCUGGGGGGACAAAACUUUUAAAAGCAAGCAAGAACUUUUACCGAAUAUUAUCGAUGGAAAACAUUGAAGAAAAUGAAAUUGAAAACGAUCUUUCUAAACUUGGUUCGCUGUCUACUCCAUCAGUCCUCCAUGCAAUAAGGAAAGCUUACCACAGUGGUGUCUACUACAGCAACUUGGGUGCUGGAACAAUACUGGCCGUCAACCCAUUUCAAGAAGUUUCAAAUUUAUUUGAUGAAAAGAAAAUAAAUAACUACCAUUUGUCGCCAUUAUCGGAGUUGUCAUGCAUGCCCGCACAUGUGUUUGGUGUAGCGGAACGCGCUUUACGAAACAUGAAAGAUGGAAAUGAUCAAUCCAUUAUUAUCAGCGGUGAAAGUGGAGCUGGGAAGACAUGGACAGUGCGUUGUUUGAUGCGCUACCUUGCCACAGUGAACUUACAUCAUGCCCAACUUAACCUGUCCGACUCAUUUGUUGGAGAUGAGAUAGAACACCGGGUGUUGAGUUCAAAUCCCAUCUUGGAGGCUUUUGGUAACGCAGCCACCCCUCGCAACCACAACAGCAGUCGAUUCGGGAAAUACAUACAAUUACAAUAUGAUAGGUGUGGUACCAUGGUCGGGGCAAACCUGCAAGUUUAUCUACUUGAGAAAACCCGAGUAUCGAGCAGAGACGACUUGGAGCGGUCCUACCACAUCUUCUAUCAGAUGAUCAACGGGAGUAGUGAGGAGGAGAGAAGGGAAUGGAAACUUCCGGAUGUAGGGUUCAUGAACAAAGACUUCAGGGAGCAAAACGUCAACUCCAACAACUCCGUAAAACCUCAGCACAAUGGCAGUGGUGACUCAGCAAAUAGUUUCAACCAAUCAAUGGAGAGAAUGGAUGAUGAGUCAGCGUUUGAUAAAACUCGUAAAUCCAUGAUGAGCGUUGGAAUAUUUACCGAGUCACAAAAUAGGAUUUUCGCGACUUUGUCUGCAAUUCUGCAUUUGAAUCAGUUAGACUUUGAAGGAGAUGAUGACUUAAGCACUCCGUGCACAAUUCCUCCAUGUUUACAAAGCAAUGUUAAAACAUCAUCUCAACUCUUGGCUGUCCCUAUUAACCACCUUGUGCAGACGUUAACUGUUCGUAAAAUUGAAGCUGGUUCAACACGCUCUGCCGAUCGUAGACGCAGCGUGUUCAAACGUCCGUGUACGAGGGUGGAGUGUCGUGCGCGUCGUGAUGCCAUGGUUAAGUGUAUGUACGAACGAUUGUUCUUGUGGUUGGUUAAGCAAAUUGGAAACGAUUUAUCUGCACAGUCUAAUGCAGCAUAUCAUUUUAUUGGUCUGUUAGAUGUUUAUGGUUUUGAAAGUUUUAAACACAACUGUCUUGAACAACUUUGUAUAAACUAUGCAAAUGAGAAGUUACAGCAAUACUACAUACACAACUUUCUUAAGCUUAAACAGGAGGAAUUAGCAUUGGAGGGCGUGUCGUGGGAGGGGCUGGAUGUCAACGAUAAAAUAAAUUGUUUGAUUUCUUUGGAAGCAAACAGGAGUAGUUUAUUUGCUUUGUUAAAUGAGGAAUGCCGAUUGAACCGAACCACCAACCCCCAGCAACUACAGGCUCGUUUAACCGAUUCCUUCCACAAGAACCCCUACAUCACCCAACCACGGAUAUCAACCGACACCCCUUCCUUCACUGUUAACCAUUAUGCGGGGAAGGUGGUGUAUUCAGUUGAACUGCUCAUCAUGAAAAAUAAGGAUGAACUACCACAAGAAAUACGUGAGCUUUUACUUGCAAGUAGCAACCAAUUUGUUCAAGACCUCAUGCUCGAUAAACCCCCGAACCCUGACGCCCCCACUGCCAAGGGGAAGUCCCUAGAGACCGUCUUAUCCCAGUUUAAAAGAUCCUUGGAUGAAUUAUUGGCCACGAUGUCUUCCACCAACUGCAACUACAUCCGAUGCAUCAAACCUAAUAUCGAGUCUUUGCCUUCGAAGUUUGACUCAAGACAUGUGGUAGAACAAUUACGAUCAAGCGGGGUUGUGAAGACAAUACAAAUAUGUGGUUCCCUUCAUCCACACCAGUUGUCAUAUCAGCAUUUCAUUUCUCAUUAUAUAUUCAUGUUACCAACUACUAACAGUGCUACAUAUGUUAAAUGUUAUUCUCAGUUGAAUUUAAAAAAGUCACAGAAAAUUUGUCGUAAAAUAAUGAACCAAGUGUUGGUGGAUCAAACCCAGCUCGAUGCAGAUAAAUGUUGGCAGUUUGGGAAGACAUGUGUGUUUUUGUCGGCAGAUCUGUAUGAAUUGUUACAAACCAAGCGCGACGAACAGACGACCCAAAGUGUGUUGAAGAUACAGCGGGCAUGGAGGUUUCACACACAACGUAAAUUCUGUCGAUUGCUUAUUAAACAUAUCGUGCAACGAAGACUUAAAGCUGUGGUUACUUUACAAAGACAUUGGAGGAUUAGAACUAAAGUCAGGAGAUGCAGAAAGAUUAGAAGACUUAAAAUAAUUGCUCGUAACAAAGCUGUGUGCGUUAUACAACGGGGGUGGGGGAGAUUUAAACUAAGAAAACAACGAGAAAAAGCUGCCCUUGUUAUUCAAAGAGCUUUUCAAAAUUGGAAAAAAAGAAAAUAUACAGAAAAAGAGAAGGAUAAUGAAAACGAUGAUUAUGUUUCUUACGUGCCGGUUGUCACUAAAAUGUUACCACUUCACUACGCCAGUGUUCGACAGAAUGAUUCUUCAUUUAUUGAGGAUCUUGAAUUGGAUUCCGUGUUGAGUGAAAGCUCAGUGGUUGGGAAUCUUACAAAUGUCAAGUCAGAAAAUAGUCUUAACUUCUUAUGUGAAUUGUUGGGCAGAUUAUCAUACGAAAGCAAACAUUUAAAUUGGUUCAGAUCCAAUUUAUAUCAACAUUCUACAUUACAUGGCUCAACAUACAAUUUAAGGCCCGUAACUUUGUUUAAACUUUAUUAUUUAGUCUGUCGGGAAAAUGACAUCAAAAUUCCGCCCCUAUGUAAUAAUAAUAAGACCUAUGAGAAAAAGUUUAUUGUGGAGCAGGAACAAACUAAACUGCCUAUCUUACCCUUUGCUACAGUGGUGCCUGUUAAAGGAUUGUAUACCUGAAUCAAUUGAUGCUUUUUUUAUAACUUUGUGCUCUUUUGUACUGCUAUGGUUCUUGCUUGUUUUGUGCUUCCCAUUCUAUAUAUAAGGGUGAGGUCAAAUAGCAACGCGCGCCCUGGUUGUUCUAUGUAUGCCAGACUUGGUUUAUUAUUGCAGAGUUUUUUAUUCUUUAUAAAGGAGGUGCUGGAGUGAGGCAUGCCAAGGGGUUAGACCACAGUUGGCUUAUAUAUUUUGCAUCCGUUUAUAUUUGUGCCUGAGUUUUUGUCAACUGUUUUUCCAGACUACACUUAUGCGUUGUUUGCUUGCUUAAAAAUAUUAUGCUGUGAGAACGAACCAUCUUGCAUUUGAACAAUAUAACUUAUUUCUCAUCUAAACCAAA